AUGCAAGUCUUACACAGCCCGGUUCACUUGAUCGCAAAUUUCAAUACAACGCCGACGAUCCGCCCCACCACACACCACAACGGCUUGGUGAUCAUCCAGCCGACGGCGCCGCUCAGGGCCCAGAGCAAUCCAGACCAGUGGCGGAAGGCUGCCGCCCACGCCAUCUCUGUCAAGAACCAUCAGCCAAGCGCUCUUCCCGCCUUCAACCAUGACCAAGACCAAGGAAUCCAGCAAGGAUGUCGUCGACCGCCGUCUCCGCGCCCGCCUCGACAGCAAGGGCAAGCCGUCGGAGGAGGACAUGUCCUGCGCGCCCAAGUGGACUUCUACGCCGAGCUCCGAGAUCACCUGGCCGUCAACGAGGCCUCCUCGGGGCUGCAGGCAGUCGACGCCCUCGCCCUUAUCGCGGAUGACGACUCCCUACCGGCCACGCUGACGGAGGUCGUGACGCUGUUGCCGCCGCCCGGCUCCUUCGAAGACGGACAGCCCCCGACUCAUGCUCUCUUUGCGCCGGAGCCCGACACGACCAUCAAGCGUCCUGCCCCGCGCAACAAGGCCCAGUCGAAGCGUCCGGCCAAGAAGCGACGCACCACCGCGAACUCCCUGAAGUAUUCCCUCGAGCUCCCCGUCGACGUGCCGGCCGCGAUCCGUCGUGACGUGGAUCGCCUUAUCAAGGAGGCGGCAGGACGAGGGAAGACUCCUUUUCGGCUGGCGUAUCCGUGGUCCGGGCAGCGAGCCUGGUACGACCCGCAAGAGCACCCGCUGCUUCAUCUUCUGCACUGGCGCUUCUGGAUGAAGCACCGCGCUACUUUCUUCAUCUGCGCCCUCUACGCACCCACCGGCAACUCCGACGCACGCCGCAAGAAGAAGUCCGUCGCCGUGCAGGUCCGUUUGCGGCUCAUCAGCGCGAACAUCGAGGUGUUCGGCUACUACAGCUUCCUGGCCCAGCUGGAGGACAAGGCCCACGACACCCUGAUGUGGUACGGGGGCAAGGCGGCCGCUCACUCGACCCAGGCGUAG